AUGGCUGAGAAUAAAAUUCAUGUGGUGAUGCUUCCAUGGUGUGCCUUUGGUCACUUAAUGCCGUUUUUCCAACUUUCCAUAGCCUUAGCCAAAGUUGGUCUUCGUGUCUCCUACAUAUCAACUCCCAAAAACAUUCAAAGGCUUCCCAAAGUUCCUUCAAAUUUAGCUCAUUUGGUUGAUUUGGUGCAACUUCUUUUGCCAUCAUUAGACAAAGAGCCAUUACCAGAAGGUGCUGAGGCCACCAUGGACAUUCCACUUGAAAAAAUUCAAUACUUAAAGGUGGCAUAUGACCAGUUGCAACAUGAUGUAAAGCAAUUAGUGGCCAAUCAGUCACCCGAUUGGAUAAUUUGUGAUUAUUAUCCCUAUUGGAUGGUAGAGAUUGCCCAAGAGUUUCAGGUAAAGCUAAUAUUUUAUUCUGUUUUCUCUGCAGCAACACUAGCAUUAGUUGGACCACCAGAUACAAUAAAAACUCCAUUAUCUCCAGAAAGCCUAAUAGAACCUCCAGAAUGGGUGACAUUUCCGUCAUCAGUGGCUUUGAAGAGAAAUGAGGCUAUUGCUUUUAGUGCUGGUGCCAACAAGGUAAAUGCUUCUGGGGUAAGUGAACUUGGAAGGCUUGCCAAGGUAUUUGGUGCCUCUAAAGCUGUAUUAUUUCGUACUUGCUAUGAGAUUGAAGGAGAAUAUCUAAAGGUAGUGCAGAAACUUGUUACGAAGCCUGUGAUUCCUUUAGGUUUAUUGCCUGUAGAGAGGCUAGAGAGAGGAAUUGUUGAUGGGUCUUGUAGUAAGAUAUUUGAAUGGCUUGAUAAGCAAGCAUCCAAAUCAGUUGUAUUUGUGGGGUUUGGCAGUGAGUGCAAGCUGAGCAAGGAUCAAGUUUUUGAGAUAGCAUUAGGACUUGAGGAGUCUGAAUUGCCAUUUUUAUGGGCACUGGGUAAACCAAGUUGGGCAAGUAAUGAUCAAGAUGCUCUACCUGUUGGUUUUAAAGAAAGGACAUCUGAAAGAGGAAUUGUUUGUAUGGGAUGGGCACCACAACAAGAAAUAUUAGCACAUCCAUCUAUUGGUGGGUCCUUGUUUCACUCUGGCUGGGGCUCUAUCAUUGAAACCCUGCAGUUUGGUCAUAGUCUAGUUGUGUUACCCUUCAUAUUUGAUCAACCUCUUAAUGCAAGGUUUUUGGUGGAAAAGGGUCUAGCCAUUGAAGUUAAAAGAAAUGAAGAUGGUUCGUUCACUAGAAAUGACAUUGCCACAUCUCUUAGAGAAGCAAUGAUAAUGGACGAAGGAGAGAAGCUCAGAAUUAAAACAAGAGAAGCUGCUGCGGUUAUUGGAAACAUGAAGCUUCACCAGGAUCAUUACAUAACUGCAUUUGCUCAGUUUCUUAAGAAUGAAAUCUGGAAAUAG